AGUAUAUCUAGCCCUUGUUUUGUGUGUCGCUCCCUCAUAAAGCAGCAAGGAUACUGCGUGGUCCUCCUCAUCAGCUACUGCUGAAAUAUGGCACCCAAGAAAGCAAAGAAGAGAGCGGAGGGAGCCAGCUCCAAUGUGUUCUCCAUGUUUGAACAGGCCCAGAUCCAGGAGUUCAAAGAAGCUUUCACCAUCAUGGACCAAAACAGAGACGGUUUCAUUGACAAGAACGACCUGAGAGACACUUUUGCAGCUUUAGGCCGUUUAAAUGUCAAGCAAGAAGAGAUUGAUGAGAUGCUGAAGGAGGCCCCAGGACCGAUUAAUUUCACCGUCUUUCUCACCAUGUUUGGAGAGAAACUAAAAGGUGCUGAUGCGGAGGAGACCAUCCUCAACGCUUUCAAAGUGUUUGAUCCUGAGGGGAAAGGAACAUUAAGAAAAGACUUUGUUACAGAGAUGCUGACGACCCAGGCGGACAGGUUCUCCCCCGAAGAGAUGGAACAGAUGUUUAAAGCAUUUCCACCAGAUGUUGCAGGAAACCUGGACUACAAGAACCUGGUCUACAUCAUCACACACGGUGAAGAGAAAGACCAAGAGUAGAUGAUGUCACCUGGACUUUGAAACCAAUGUUUGUGCCAAAUAUCACACAUACUAGAAAUGUAAAGUAAAAAUAAACAACAUAACUUUUCAUAUUUUACAUUCAUUCAUAUGAAUUAUACUGUUUUGCAUUAACGUUUUAAGUAUUUUUUAGUUAUAGUGUGUAUAUAUAUAUAUAUAUAUAUUAUUACAUUAUGUACAUGUACUCCAUUAUGAUAUAUAAAAUUAAACGUUUAUGUGAC